GUUCAACGUAAGUGGGGUCAUUCAUUACCAUUCGGUUUACAGAAAAUUGCGUUUGGUUAAGUGUUCAUUGUGGUGGGAGAGGCUGUGACAUUUUUCGGUGGAUUGGCAUCGCUGGGCACAAGCCGCGGCCGCCGCUGACCGGUGUCAGCUGGGAGGAGCGCCGUGCCGCCGCCGUCCGGAGAGCUGGAGGAGCCAGCCGCCUGUCUGCGCGCGCGCGUCUGGAGAUGAGCUGACCCGGUGCCGGGCUCGGCAUGGCGGACCAGAGCACGCGCCGCCGCGUCAAGCUGUACGCGCUGAACGCCGAGCGGCAGUGGGAUGACCGCGGCACGGGUCAUGUCACGUCGUCUUACGUCGAGAAGCUGCAGGGUGUCUCACUGCUGGUGAAGGCCGAGUCGGACGGCAACAUCCUGCUGGAGAGCAAGAUCCAACCGGAGACCGUCUACCAGAAGCAGCAGGAGACGCUGAUCGUGUGGUCGGAGGGCGACAACUUUGACUUGGCGCUCAGCUUCCAGGAGCGCGCCGGUUGCGACGAGAUAUGGGAGAAAAUAUGCCAGGUGCAGGGCCGGGACCCGUCGGUGGAGAUCACACAGGAGGUUGUGGAGGAGAGCGAAGACGAGCGCUUCGACGACAUGUCCGACACCGUGCCCAGCAUAGAACUGCCGGCCGCCGAGAUGGGCCGACUGGAGGAGAUCUCCGAGCUCAUCAACAGCUGUCUGCACUCGGCAAUCAAGCGAGAGAAGCUCACACUGGCCGUGGAGGCCGACAACUACAUCCCGAAGCUGAUGCGGAUGUUCCAGAUGUGCGAAGAUGUGGAGAACACUGCCGGCCUGCACCACCUUCACGACAUCAUCAUCAACCUCUUUCAGCUGAACAAAAACGCCCUCAUCGAGUCCAUGUUCAAAAUUGACGUCAUUUUUGACGUGGUGGGCUGUCUGGAAUACGACCCGGCCAACCCGGUGCCGACGCGGCACCGCGAGUACCUCAAGCAGAUGGCCAACUUCAAGCAGGUGCUGCCGAUCCGCAACAGUGAGCUGCUGGCCAAGAUACACCAGACGUAUCGCGUGCAGUACAUCCAGGACAUCGUGCUGCCCACGCCCAACAUGUUCGAGGACAACGUGCUCUCCACGUUAUCUAGCUUUAUAUUCUUCAAUAAGCUAGAUAUCGUUAGGCAAUUGCAGGACGAUGAGAAGUUCCUGACCGAGUUUUUCUCCCUGUUGAGUGACGAGAAGACGCCGAUCACGAAGCGGCGGGACCUGGUGCUAUUCCUGAAGGAAUUCUGCACGUUUUCGCACACGUUGCAGCCGCAGAGCAAGGACACAUUCUUUAAGACGCUGCUGUCGCUGGGCGUGCUGCAGGCGCUGGAGACUACGCUGACCGUGGACGCCGGCGACCUCUCUCAGCCCGGCCAGGUCAUCAAGGCCGCCUGCAUCGAUAUCCUCAUGUACAUUGUGGAGACGGUGCCGCCCAUGGUGCGGGAGCACAUGGUGCAGCAGGCCGAGUCCUGUGACGAUGACCAGCUGCUGAUGAACCUGAUCGUAGAGCAGAUGGUGUGCGACCGUGACCCGGAGGUCGGCUCGGCCGUCCAGCUCUCCGGCAUCAUCCGCAUCCUCAUCGACCCGGAGAACAUGGUGGCGCUCAACCGCUCCGAGAAGACCGAGUUCCUGGCGUUCUUCUACAAACACUGCAUGCACAGCCUCGUCGCGCCGCUGCUGGCGAACACUACCGACGAGUGGCCGCUGCAUGACGACCCGGCCACCGUGCAGCUGCUCAACCUGGUGCUGGAGCUGCUCUCGUUCUGCGUCGAGCACCACACCUUCCACGCCAAGAACUUCAUCAUCACCAGAAACAUGGUCGCCCGCAUACUGGUGCUCAUGAAGAGCAAGCACAAGUACCUUGUUCUAGAUGCAUUGCGGUUCCUGCGUAAGAUGGUGGCGUUGAAGGACGAGAACUACAACCGCCACAUCGUCAAGCAGAAUCUGUUUGCUCCCGUGGUGGAGGCAUUCUUCCACAACCAAGGACGCUACAAUCUACUGGACUCGGCCGUCAUUGAGCUGUUCGAGUUCAUCAAAACGGAGGACAUCAAGACACUGCUGGCCUACAUAGUGGAGACCUUCGGCGACAAGCUGCUGGAUGUAACGUACGUGCAGACGUUCCGCAACUUGAAGCAGCGGUACGAGCAGCAGCAGGACCGGCUGCAGCAACGUACCACCGCUCUCGAGAGCGUGCCGUCGAUCCAGCGGUGCGCCACGCGCUUCCGGCGCGACCCACGCCAGAUGGACGAGGACGAAGAGAUGUGGUUCAACGACGACGACGACUACGAGGAGGCGGUGGAGCCGACGCCCGGCGCCGGCCUCGGCGCCGCCGCCGCCGUCUCCGACCUAGAGCAGAUCGGCAAGCUGAUCGAGGGUCGCAGCAAGCUGUUCACGCCGUCGGCGGCGGCCGAGCUAACGGCCGACAAGGAAUCGGUCGAGCUGGACGGCACCGCCACCGCUCCGGCCGCCAAAACGCCGCCGGGCGCCGCCGCGCAGAGCGUCGCCAUCAGCAUGGUGAAAAAGGUGGGUCUGGUCGACUACGACGCCGACUCGGACGAGGAGGAGGAGGACGGCUGCGAAGACAGCCAGCUGUCGCCGCUGUCACUGCAGCUUCCGCCGUCCGCCGCCGGGCAACUGGCUUCCCCGCCGUCCCUGCAGCAGCAGCAGCAGCUCACGUCAACAAACCACGUGCAGCUACAGCCGACAUCCCCGACCCAGCAGCAGCCGGUGUCCCCGGUGCAGCAGCUGUGCUCACCGAUCCAGCAGCUGUGCUUGCCGAUCCAGCAGCCGAUCUUACCGUCUCAGUCGUGCUCGCCCGCCCAGCAGCUGUGCUCGCCGAGCCAGCAACCGGCGUCACCUCCUGCCCAGCAGGACCCCGCCUCACCUGCUGCCCAGGAGCCGAAGCCAGCAGCCGAGCCGCAGCCGUGUCCCGCCGCCCAGCAGCCGACCGCAGCGCUCCAGCAGGAGCCAGUUGCUUCCAGCGAGCAGCAGCCGGCAGCGGCAGCAGCGCCGCAGCCGGCAGCCCAGCCCGGCCGGGAGCAGUGCUGCUUGCCGACCUCACACCCUGCCGCACCGACCCGGCAGCCGACGGACGCGCCGGCCGCACCGGAGCCGUGCUCUGUAGCCCAGCGGAUGACCCCAGCGGCCGAGCAGCAGGCGGCGCCGGCGCAGCGGCAGGCAUCGCCAGCGCCAGGGCCGGCAUCCCCGCCACAGCAGGCAGCUUCGUCGGCCCAGCAGCAGACCUUCAUGCCCCAGGAGCAGGCAUCCUCGCCCCAGCAGCAGACCUCGCUGGCCCAGCAGCAGACCGUGCCGGCCCAGCAGCAAACCUCGCCGUCCCAGGAGCAAAUCGUAUCGCUUCAGCAGCAGGUGUCGUCGCCCCCACAACAGGCCUCGCCGGCCCAGCAGGAAGCCUCGCCGGCCCAGCAAGAGGCCUCGCUGUCCCAGCAGGAGGUCUCGCCAGCCCGGCAGGAGGCCUCGCCAGCACAGCAGGAGGCCGUGCUGACGCAGCAGAAGGUUUCGUCUGCCGAGCAGGAGGCCUCUCCGGCCGAGCAGGGGGCCUCGCCGGCCCAGCAGGAGGCCUCGCCGGCCCAGCAGGAGGCAUCGCCGGCCCAGCAGCAGAGCUCUCCGCCAAUGUCAUCCUCGGGUGCGCCCGACUCGCCGUGUGGAGGGGAGCCGUCGCCGACCGUGUUCUGCCCCGGCGCGGCUGACCCGCUCAGCGACGACGACGACCUGCCCUGUGCCAAACGGGCGCGCGUGGACGCCUCCUGAGCGGCGGCCGACCGCCCGCCCGCCCCGCGUACAAAGCCAGCCGACGCCGGUUGCUUC